AUGGCGAGCUCAAAGACACCUACUCAACCACUCGUGCCAGUCAUCCCUGCCACUGAGUUCGCCAUUUCAUACGUUAGUGCAUUCACAGCCGCAGGCUAUGCGCAUGGCCUCACCCCUGAAGACUUGAAGACGCUCUCGCAUAUCAACUGCUCGUAUCUGUCGGGCAGCAGGGCACCCACUUUGCUCGAACUCAAGCAGCAUGCCCAAUCUCUCGCCAUUCUCAUCCGUAAAGUGUCACUGUCGACGGCAUUCGGCGUGAUCGAUAACGAGAAUUACCCCGAGGAGGGUUGUGUCCCACGGUUCGUUGAGAACGAAGCGUUCGACUGGUUGAAUGAUCUGUCGGCGCCGUACGCCAACGAUGACGAGCACCACAACCGACCUCUUUGGGCUCUUCACAACCACGACGACAGAAAUUCCCCCGAACACCAGGCUCAGAUGUCGUACGCUCACCUGACCCAGCACGCGAACGAGUGCCUCAGCAUCCUGGACCAUGACUUGGUUGACAAGGGCGGCAUCAUGGCUCUGGUACCCGAGGUCAACUCCGUGGGCUUCCAAGACUUCGAGAACACCUUGAUAGGGCAACUACUUCUCCGAGAGGAAAAGUCCGCCGAAAGAAUCCUGCAGUUGGAGUAUCUCUAUGCGCAAGCUCUGGAUGCUCUAACCCCUGCUGCCUUUGCGCCCUUGCAAGUGAGGAGCGUGGACGGAUCGCAAGAUCCCCAACAGUACCAGAAGGAGGCGCAACGCAGAUUUGUCCUUGUCAACGUGACGGAAGACAUGGAGCGUGUGAUGCAUGGGCUGUUUGACGAGGCGGAGAGGAAGCACAUCGGAACGGAAGCUCGCGCGUCCCUAAACGGGGUGAGCGGACGAUCUGUCGACGCCGCCGCCCACAGCCCGGCACUGAUCAAGCUCGACAUGCUCUCGCGGUUGUAUCGUGUCAAGGGGGCUGGGUCGGACAGCGCCAUCUUCCUCCUCCCUGCGGUGAAGCACCAUCCUGGCACGCGGGACACUUUGGCAUUGGAAAGCACACCCCGGAUUGUGACUGUGCCAGAGCCACACGAACCUGUGCAUCGCGCCACGAAGCUGAAGCAGAUGCGACGUGCAGAGAGAGCUCAAUGGCAAGAGGAACGCAAGACGCUGUCUGGCCAGGCAGGGACUGUAGAAACAAGCGAUGUGAUGUUUACUUAG